AUGAACAACUUUGCGGCGGAUCAUGUCUCAUGGCAGCAGCAUCUCAAUAGAGAGAAGCUGGCAAGGAAGAAGGUCACACUGGCGUACUACGGCCGGAAGGGAGGCGCCGAGAUUCUGGCGCCCAAAGUUCCUCCAGCCCCUACAGUGGAGGAUGUCAGCAAGGUCAUGUUUGACAGACUCUACCGGGCAGGUUCGCUGCCUGCCUUGAGCGGGGCCAAAGCGCUCACGCCAGAUGACGGCAACCUGCGGAGCUCGAGGCCUUACAGUCGAUCCCGGUAUCCGAAGACUCCCUUGCAGUCUUCGAGCAACAUGCUCUUGCCGCCGGCAGCCGGUCCACCGGGUAGCAGAACCAGCUCCAGCCAUGGAAGGAGAACUGGCGCUCGGCUUGGUUCCAGCGGUGGGCGUAGCCAGCGCAGCCAGGAAGAGGGAUUGCUGUUCUUCAAUGAUCAGCACCGGGAAAAGACUCCCUCUCUGCGUAGCUCGUACUCGCAGUUAAGCACAUCGUCUUCUUUGUGGCUGGAGGUGGAAAAAGCAGUGCAGGAGGAAGUGGCUAAGGUAGUCAAGCCGCUGCAGCAGCAGCUCCACACUGAGGAGGAGGCUCGGAAGCGUGCUGAGGAAGCGCUGAGGAUCCUGGGUGGCACACCGGAGUCGGAACCGCAAGCCUGA